AUGAAACGUAUCAUCAGCUAUGGUGUAUCUGUUAUAACCUCGACCAAUGUUGCAACUCAUGUUUCAACUACCAAGCUUGCUAAAUACUCCUCAUGUAAAGGUGUGUGCAGUGAUCUAUGUGAUAGGCUUGCGGCUAAACAAGAAAAGAUCAAUGGUGAAACAACUGAUGUAAUUUUAGAUGUCACCAUGGGUACAAGUGUCAGAGGUGAAGGAGAAUGGACAACAGUAGGAGCAACUGAUAUGUCACCACAAGGGGCAGAUGUUGUAGAUAAAGGGCCAACGAGUGCAGGGGCAUGCUCAACAAUAGAGGCAGCUGAUGUAAUUGCCGACAAUGGCUGUGAAAGGGUAAUAGAUGAAAGUGGUGGGCCUGGAUUUGAAGUGGAAGCAGUAUCCAUUGUUGAAAAGGUCUUUCGUGGGCCUCGUGUUGUGGACGUCCGCUGUUGUAUACGGAUAUCACAUGGACGCUCAGUAAUUGACGCUGCAACUGGUGGCUGCCUAAUGUCAGGCGAUAAAGGGCCAACGAGUGCAGGGGCAUGCUCAACAAUAGAGGCAGCUGAUGUAAUUGCCGACAAUGGCUGUGAAAGGGUAAUAGAUGAAAGUGGUGGGCCUGGAUUUGAAGUGGAAGCAGUAUCCAUUGUUGAAAAGGUCUUUCGUGGGCCUCGUGUUGUGGACGUCCGCUGUUGUAUACGGAUAUCACAUGGACGCUCAGUAAUUGACGCUGCAACUGGUGGCUGCCUAAUGUCAGGCGGUCCUGAAUAAGACACUGGGGCUCAUAAAGUGCCUCCAAACACUUGGAGCUCAUAUCUUUGAGAUGGGCCAUAGCCUCCAAGAAAGUAAUCAAGUUCAGAUGACCCUCAAUCGUCUAAUGUACAGUGUGAUGUGUCCGUGAAUGUCUCCUCC